AUGAAUACGACUAUAUCAAAUGAUGAUGAACAACAAAUUAUUCCAUUGUCUGCAUUAUCAUCUGAAAAAAAUUCAAAAGAAAAUCAUAUUGCUAGUAUGUAUGAAACAAUAAGUUCAAAUAAUAAUAAAAUUCAAAAACUAACUAUAUCCGAAACUCAACAACGAACAUCUGUUUUACACUUAAUUGCAUGGCCUAUUCGAAUUCUUACAUCAUUACGUACAACACAUUUUUCUGAUCAUAAUCUCCGUAUAGCAUUUCUCUUAUUUAUAAUGUUAAUUGGUAUAACUAGUUUUACAACUGCACUUAUUGUAGGUUCCAGUACAGUACAAUUUAAACAACAAUGUCCAUUGUAUGCUUCAUUUAAAUUUAAAAUAUUAAAUACAACUACACAUAAUUGGACAAUUAGAAUAGUACCAUCAUCUGAAAAAUUUAGUUCACAAUCAAUAUGUGAUUUUUGUACAUUCUAUAAUAUUUCUACAUUUAUUUAUUGUAUUAUGACUGGAUUUUUUUUCAUAUUAUUUAAUAGUGAUCAUAGAAUAAUUACAACAAAUGAUCGAUCUUUAAUUAUUCCAUGGCUUCCAAUAUCGGUUAUACUCGGUUUUUUAGCCUUAAUUAAUGCAUCUAUGUUAACAAAUGGUUUUUUAAAAUUUUGUUCAACAAUUAUAUCAAAUGAUAGUCAUAUUACUUCAUGUUCUCAAUUAAAUCAAUUAUUUUUCGAACAAUAUCCAAAUGUCUCAUUAUUCUUUAUCUAUAUGCUUGUAGCUAUAAUUCAAUCAUGGUUUCAACUAUCAUUUUUUAUUGGUAUUAUUACUAUUCUUACUAUUCGUCUCACUUCAUUAUUCGACUGGCAUAGUAAUAGUAAUGAUAAUACACAAAUCAAUGAAAAUUCAAUUGGAAUAAUAAUUUAA